AUGAAGCUUCAAUCAGUUUUCUUCGUUGCCGUCAUUAGUUCAGUAUGUUUCACAUACGCCAAAUCUCCAGUCCGCUACUUCUGUGGGAGAGAUCUAGCCAACACGUUAGCUAUGCUAUGCCCAUAUAACGAAGCAUCAAAGCGAUCGCAAAUCUCUAUAGAAUCAGUUUUUGGGACAAACAAAGAUAUUUAUGAUAUUCAUCAAGAACCGGACAAAGUCUCGAGCCUGAGUGGCGACAAGGAUGUACAGUGGAACGAAUUGUCUGAUAAUAGCAAACCUCAUAAAGUAAAUAACCCUAAUGAAUCUAUGGGAAAGCUCACAGAGGACUCUGACAUGAGCAACGACAACUUCAGCUUGAUGGAAGACAACGAUUUGAGGAUGCAGAUGCUACAAGGAUUUCGCCAUAAGAGAGGCGUGAUCUCGGAGUGCUGCGAUCAGCCGUGUACUAUCGAUGAGUUGCUCACUUAUUGCUGA